UCACGACAGCGUUUAAGUACUUUAGUAGCUUCCCCCAUGUAUCGCGGGUCCUGUGGACGCUACGUGCGUAGUGACAGACGUAGCACAGGAACUAGUAUCCCAGUGAAAGCCUGCUUCACAGAACCGUCAACUGUCCAAAAUGGUGUUAGAGACGAUUUCGAGGGUAAUAAAAGUGCAGCUGCCGGCGUACCUGAAGAAACUCCCUCUCCCGGAGACAAUCGGCGGAUUUGCGAGUUUAACAGUGUCCGAAUGGCUGCGGCUGCUCCCUCUACUGGGCAUCUUGGCUCUGCUGGGCUACCUGACCAUACGACCCUUCUUCCCCAAGAAGAAGAAGCAGAGAGACAGCCUGAUCAACCUCAAGAUUCAGAAGGAGAACCCCAAAGUGGUCAAUGAGAUAGACAUCGAGGACCUGAACAGCGCAAAUGUUUGCUACUGUCGCUGUUGGCGCUCCAAAACGUUUCCUGUUUGUGACAAGUCUCACUUAAAGCACAACGAGCUGACCGGAGACAACGUGGGGCCGCUCAUACUCAAGAAGAAGAUCCUAUAAUCUCCCUCUAGUCUUGCCAUUUAUUGACACUCCCUAGACUUCUUGCCCAUGCUGGUGAGAAAUGUGCCUUAUUGUGUACCCUUCCUUUAGUUCUAAUGUGUACAGUAUCUCGCAAAAGUGAGUCCGCCCAAUCACAUUUAAAAAAAACGGUAUAAAAAAGUGGGACCAUUUUUUUUUUAAUUUUAUCUGGGAAUUUUUUUUAUUGGAGAUUUGCAUUGUCAUGCUUUUUAUUUAAGAAAAUAUAUUGCACACAAAUGCUAAGCAGUUUUAUGUUUUGCAUUUCGUUCCCUUGCUGUACAAAAACUAACCGAACGGUCGCCUUAAUUCAGAGUCCCUGCCGUUACAUCCCUAAUUUUUAAACAAACAUCUCAUUUAUAACAAUAGAUAUGUCCAAAAAUGUCGCUGGUACUUCUAGUUAUAAGCACAAUUUUAAUACUGAACAUCCUUUGCUGUCAACUGGGGGCGGUAUAGCUCGGUUGGUAGAGUGGCCGUGCCAGCAACUUGAGGGUUCCAGGUUCGAUCCCCGCUUCCGCCUUCCUAGUCACUGCCGUUGUGUCCUUGGGCAAGACACUUUACCCACCUGCUCCCAGUGUCACCCACACUGGUUUAAAUGUAACUUAGAUAUUGGGUUUCACUAUGUAAAGCGCUUUGAGUCACUUGAGAAAAAGCGCUAUAUAAAUGUAAUUCACUUCACAACUGUGUUGUUGUUUUUAAACAGCUACUUUAAGGUCCAAUAAUAUGUUUUUAUGACCUUGCCUUUACAGUACACACCAACACAACAGAUUAGAAAUACACCAAACAAUUAAAAAAAAAACUGGAUUUAAGUGUUGACUUUCUACUUUAAGAGCCUUGACAUUUAUGAUUUAAGAAUUAAAGUGUGUGAGUGUGAAAAUAUAACAAUUGUAACACUUGGAUGACAAUUAAAGGCCUACUGAAAUGAAUUUUUUUAAUUUAAACGGGGAUAGCAGAAGAUUUGUGGAUGAGGAACGUGAGAGUGAAGGACUAGAGUGCAGUGCAGGACGCAUCUUUUUUCGCUCUGACCGUAACUUAGGUACAAGCUGGCUCAUUGGAUUCUACCCUCUCUCCUUUUUCUAUUGUGGAUCACGGAUUUGUAUUUUAAACCACCUCGGAUACUAUAUCCUCUUGAAAAUGAGAGUCAAGAACGCGAAAUGGACAUUCACAGUGACUUUUAUCUCCACGACAAUACAUCGGCGAAGCACUUUAGCUACGGAGCUAACGUGAUAGCAUUGGGCUUAACUGCAGAUAGAAACUUAAGAAAUAAACCCCUGACUGGAAGGAUAGACAGAAAAUCAACAAUACUAUUAAACCAUGGACAUGUAACUACAUGGUUAAUGCUUUCCAGCCUGACGAAGCUGAACAGUGCUGUUGCUAAUGACGCCAUUGAAGCUAACUUAGCAACGGGACCUCACAGAGCUAUGCUAAAAACAUUAGCUAUCCACCUACGCCAGCCAGCCCUCAUCUGCUCAUCAACACCCGUGCUCACCUGCGUUCCAGCGAUCGACGGAGCGAAGAAGAACUUCACCCGAUCAUCAAUGCGGUCGGCGGCUAGCGUCGGAUAGCGCGUCUGCUAUCCAAGUCAAAGUCCUCCUAGUUGUGUUGCUGCAGCCAGCCGCUAAUACACCGAUCCCACCUAAAGCUUUCUUCUUUGCAGUCUCCAUUGUUCAUUAAACAAAUUGCAAAAGAUUCACCAACACAGAUGUCCAGAAUACUGUGGAAUUUUGCGAUGAAAACCAAGCUUUUUGUAUUGGAUACAAUGUGUCCGAAUACUUCCGUUUCAACGAUUGACGUCACGCGCAUACGUCAUCAUACGUAGACGUUUUCAACCGGAAGUUUAGCGGGAAAUUUAAAAUUGCACUUUAUAAGUAAACCCGGCCGUAUUGGCAUGUGUUGCAAUGUUAAGAUUUCAUCAUUGAUAUAUAAACUAUCAGACUGCGUGGUCGGUAGUAGUGGCUUUCAGUAGGCCUUUAAAUGAAGCCUGUGGACAUCAUUAAAAUAGAGCAGAGGUUCUCAAACUUUUUGUCCCAGUACCACCGUAAUGACCCACAUUAAAGCACAAGAGUGUAGUAGGCAUAAGUAUUCAUUAAAAACAAGGCAGAGUAUUUUUAAUAUAUAACACAGAACAGUAACACUGUGUUUGAACUCUGGUUGUCCCGAUACCAAAAUGUAUUUAGAUACUUUUCGAUACUUUUCUAAAUAAAGGGGACCACAAAAAAUUGAAUUAUAGGCUUUAUUUUAACAAAAAAUCUUAGGGUACCUUAAACAUAUAAACUAUUUUCUCCAGCAAUGUCUUGACUUGACGUGUCGUCAUGCCCGUUAAAAAAAUAAAUUGGGGAAGCGGUACUUCUCAAACUGAGUAUAGUACCAUUUUUGAUUCAUUUGUACUGCGAUACUAUACUAGUACUGGUAUACCAUACCGUACAAAUAUGAAGACAUUACAAUGAAACACUGUACUUGAAUCAGUGAGUCUUUGGCGUCUCACUAGAUGGCACCACAGUUUGAGGAAGACUGAAUUAGUAUGAAACAAGAUGAAUUAUGUUCACAGCUAUGUCAGUUCAAUCACUGAAAAUAAAAUGGCUUUUAUCGAAAUGUAUCGGGAGUAUCUAUUUAAAGGUAAAUGCCAUAAUUUUCCAAAAACAUGCACCUGGGGAUAGGUUGAUUGGCAACACUAAAUGGUCCCUAGUGUGUGAAUGUGAGUGUGAAUGUUGUCUGUCUAUCUGUGUUGGCCCUGUGAUGAGGUGGCGACUUGUCCAGGGUGGACCCUGCCUUCCGCCCGAAUGCA